UGCACUGGGUGACUAUAGCAUUCUGUUCCCUCAAUUCUGGUGACUCAGGAUUAAAUAUUGGAGGAAAAGUGGGAUAUUGGAAUAUAUUAUUAAGAUAUCAUCCGAUCAACUUUCUGAAAUAAUAUAAACUGAAGAAGAAGAGGAGAGAGAGGAGCUAGAAGCAAAAGAUGCCACGCUGGUCAAUACAUGUACCAUGAGGAGCAGAGGAGAUCUACACUAAAGACAGACAGGAGAAAACAGUUCACCUGGAUGCAUUUCACAGGUCACAUUGAGCCCAUGCAGUUGUCCUGGCUAGCCCUGCUGCUCUUGUCCUGCAGCCAGAUGUUUGCCCAACACCCAGGUGACAUCUGCCCACAAGACUCCAAUCACAAACAGGAUGUUGCACCCAACCCUGUGCCAACUGUGGAUCCUAAACUUUUCAACAAGAGGCGAUAUCGCUCGGCCCGUGUUCUUUUCAGUGAACAACCGCCCAACUCAGAACCCUCUGGGCAUCAAGAGACAAGGGGCAGGACGAAGAGGAAAGUGGGAGAACCUCAACACCGUGGCGUUUACUCCGUUUGUGAGAGCAUUAGCCUUUGGGUUGGCAAUAAGACCAAAGCUACGGACAUCUCGGGCAAUGAGGUUACGGUCUUGCCGGAUGUAAACAUCAACAACGUCAAUAAAAAGCAGUACUUUUUUGAGACGACGUGCAGCAGUGGCCGGGCCAGUGGAUCGGGGUGUUUGGGAAUCGAUGCACGGCAUUGGAACUCGUACUGUACCAAUUCGCACACAUUCGUACGAGCAUUGACUUCAUUUAAGAACCUGGUGGCAUGGAGACUAAUUCGGAUCAAUGUAGCCUGUGUGUGUGUGCUCAGCCGAAAAUCGUGGAGACAAUGACAAACUGUCUGCUUUUCAGUCUAAAACUAUGCCAAUGUCAGCCUUAUAAUAUCAAACUUGAUCAUCCAAAGUGAUUUGUGUGAUAUCGAAUUGAUAUGGGAUUUUUCGUGUGCACACUAUUAAGGACAACACAUGACAUUAAACAGACAAUCUGAGGAGGAUACAUAUGAUGUGCUUUUCUCAUUAGAAACUACAAUGGACUUGAAUGUUUCUCUUUUCUUUAUGACGGUUCUGUCUUUUUUUGGAAUCCUUGUUUUCCCCUAUACAGCAAUAUGAGAACUUGUGGUGGUUUCUUGAUAGGACCACACAUGUAUACAUUCUUAUUUGUUGUCAUUGUUA